AUUAAAUAAAAUACAAUGGGAACCGGCAGCAAGAACUACCAGGCUCCCGAAUGGCUUACUGCCGAGUUCCUGCAGGAUGUGCUGAAGGAGCACUUCAAGGAGGAGCAGCUGGUGGUCAGUGAGUUGAUAGUGAAGAGCGCCCAGGUAGGCGACCAGGCGGCGGGAUUUGCCAGUGAAAUGCACCGCGCCAGCUUCAAUCUCCAAAGGGGUUCGGCUGCGAAGAGCAAGUUCUCUGUGAUUGUGAAGGAUCAUCCGAAGGGACAAACUGGUGCAGUGGCCCAGAGAAGUAAGCUCUUCAAACGCGAAAUCCUGGCCUACAAGGAGGUGCUGCCACGAGUCCAGGCCCUCCUCCAAUCCAUCGGAGAUCAAACAAAAAUUGCCCCCACUUGCUACUACACCACCGAAUCGCCCGAGCCCUUUCUCAUCCUGGAGGACAUGCAGCUGUCCGGCUUCGAGAAUUUCGAGCGGGGUCGUUUGCUGAAUCUGGACUACGUACUGCCCACCAUCGAGAAGGUCGCCAAACUGCACGCCUGCAGCGCCCUCAUAUCCCAGGAGAGCCCAGAAGUACUGGAGUUCUUCAAUGAGGCGCCCAUCUCACGGAAUCCCGACCGACGCGACUUCCUCACCUUCUUCCCCGUGAACAUCCGUUGCGUCGCGGAGGAAGUGGCCCACUGGAAGGGCUAUGAGGAGAUCACCGAGAAGAUGUUCAAGCUGGCCGAGAACGUGCUUCAGAGAGCGCUGUCCAUGUUCGAGACUACUGGCAAGGAGUUCCGCGUCUUCAACGUCACCGAUCUGUGGAUCAACAAUCUCCUGUUCCACAUCAACAACGAGACCAAGGAGCCCGACGAUGUGGUCACGUUGGACUACCAGUUGGCCUACGUGGGAUCCCCAACCAUCGAUCUCAACUAUUUCCUCUACGCCUCUUUGAACGAGAAUGUUCGCAAGGUUCACUUUAAGUACAUCGUUCGGGAAUACCAGCGGGUGCUUCAGCAGACCCUAGAGAAGCUGAACUACAAAGGACACAUUCCCACCCUCAAGGAGAUCCACAUCGAGUUGAUCAACACCAGUCUCAUGGGUGUGAUUGGUGCAACUUGUUUGACCCCCCUGAUUUUCCGGGAGGGAGCUGGCUUCGAAAACCUUGAAGAUCUAAACUCACGCACUGAGAAAGGCGAUCUGUUCCGCAGGGAAAAUGUCGAGAACCCCAAGUACAGAGCUUUCCUACAGCGUACUAUCAAAGAGUUCGAGCUCUCCGGAUUCUUGGAUGAAUAACUUACAUAAACGGGGGAGAACGAGUCAAAUAAAGAACACUUUAACAUUCGAUCAAAAGUAUUCGGGCUUCCAUACAGAAUAAGGUUUGAGGAAGAAGCUUAUUUCCAGACCAAAAAAUCCAUGAGUAUUUUCA